UUCGCUUAUAGUCCGUCUGCCCUAUCGUUUCGUUUGGAAAAUUCAGGAAAAUACAAAGUUAAAAGAUUAUCUACAGUUGUCUGACAUUAAAGUUACUAUGGGUCAGACUUACAGUACACAAGCAUUUAGUGAUAUUGAUUCAUAUCUGACAAGCAAGAAAAAGGUUGAAAAUCAGAAACUUGUCAGAAAGACUCAAUCAGUAACACCGCUUCAAAAUCGAACAGAAAUUCAGCAAAUUCAGGAAUCUUGCUCCACGCAGCAAGCCACGUUUCUGGCAGAGGACCAGAAAACAUUGAACCCAGCAAUCCCUACUCUUGCAAAAGAAGAGGAAUCAAACAAGCUGCUUGAAGAUGAGAUGACAAAGAGCCGUCUACUGGGGGAAAAAGUUGAAAACCUCGAACAAGAAAUGUGGAACAAAGAUGCUGAAAACGCUAGUCUCAAGUCACAAAUAUGUAAAUUGAAUGAGAUGGUUGCCGAAGAACAGCAGAAGACCUACCAAGAACAGGUCAACCUCUACCAUGAGCAGGUGAAGACCUACAAUGAAUGGGAAGAGAAACAAAAGGAAAUAGAAAAGAAUAAAAUUCUCCAAGAGAAACUUUCAAAAGUAGAGGAAGAAUUGUUGAACACUAAAACUCGGACUACAGUUGAAAAUGAUACGGACCUAAUGGAUUCGAGCGAUUCUGAGGCCACUCUUGUUAAUUGUGAUGUAAGUUACGUACCCGAACAAAGGAUAUGCCACAAAGCCGAUGACCAAUCUCAUAUGACCUCUUCUAUAAGCGAACCAACCGAACAAUUUGAUUUUGAGCACGGAAUCAUUAAAGGAAAUUUGCAGCCGAUUCCGAUUGUUCCUAAUCCAGAUGAUUCUGGGAUUGACUCUGAGACUAUUAUCAAAAACCAGUGUAAUCCAGUCAAACCUGAACCUGAACCUGAAUUUAUUAAUACUGAUGACGUAGAACGCGAAGUUGACAUGAUGAUUUCCUUAUGCAAUGCAGAAGAAGAGGUUGAACAGUUAAAAUACUAUCUUCGACUUUCACAAGAGGAAAUUUACAUCGCCAGAGCUCAGGAACAUGACAUGUACGAGAAACUGCAGGAAGUUGAGCAGGAUAGAUUUCGUUUGGUUCAGCGAGUUAAUGGUUUAUUCAAAACCAACCAAGCAUACGAAAAAGAUAUUACAGUGCUGCGUGAUUUGAAUAAGAAAUUUAAAGACGGCCUUCUCGAGAUGCAGUCUGAACUUAGUGAAACCGAGGAUCACAACGCAAAAGUGUUCCAGAACAUAACCACCGAAAAUGAAAACCUGAAAGAACGACUUCUCGACUACAAAGAUAUGGUUCAGAACCUAACCGUUGAAAAGAUAAAGCUGUCCGGGGACAAUAAAGGACUCAACAACAAACUCGUCGCUUUUGAGACCUACUGUGUCAACUACCAAAAUAUGGUUCAGAAUCUAACCAUGGCAAAGGAAAAACUGUCAGCGGAAACUGAAAACCUCAACAAACAACUUGUUGAGGAACGGUCUGGUUUUUGUGCCAUGGAAUUGGAGGUUGGCUACAAAGAUAUGGUUGAGAACCUAACCGUUGAAAAUAUAAAGCUUUCCGGGGACAAUACUGAACUUAAAAACAAUUUCGCCUCUUUAGAGUCUUACUGUGCCGGCUAUAAAUACGUGGUGAAGAAUCUAACCAUGGACAAGGAGGAACUGUCCGCGGACAAUGACAGCCUCAACAAACAACUCACCGAAGCACGGGCCGGAUUUUGUCUUAUGCAGGAGGAGUACAAAUUCUUGAUCGAUGACAUGACCACGGAGAAUCAGUAUCUCAUCGAGGAGAAUCAGGAGCUAACUUCGGAAAAAGAGAAACUGCACAAAAGGCUUAAAAAAUGUCAAGGGUAA